AUGUCGGAGCAGGUGCGCCUGUCGAUUGCACCUGGCAAAGAGCUCCAGGCCGCCGGGGGAGAGCAUGUGCCGAUCAUGGUCUCGGUCGCCCCGCCGGAUGGCGCCCAGCGGUGUCCCGUCGACAUCUGCUGCGUGGUGGACGUGUCAGGCUCGAUGGGCACGGAGGCCAUGCUCAAGGGCGAGGAUGGUUCUGAAGUUGGUCAUGGCCUGUCCGUGCUCGAUAUUGUGAAGCACGCGCUGAAGACUAUCAUUCACAACCUGGGCGACACCGACCGCCUGGCACUCGUGGCCUAUUCCAACGACGCACAGAUUAUCUUCAACCUCACGGUCAUGACGCCGAACGGGAGGAGCGAAACCGAGCGGCGCUUGGACGAGCUGUCGCCGUCCGGGAUGACCAACUUGUGGGACGGCCUCAAGACGGGCAUGGACGUCCUGAGCCAGGGCGCCGGGCAGGGAGAGCGGCUCCAGCACGUGAUGCUCUUCACCGAUGGCCUGCCCAACAUCAACCCGCCGCGGGGCAUACUGCCGAUGCUGAAGCGGCUGAAGGACAAGGGCGGCGGCAAGCUGCCCUGCGCGAUCAACACCUUCGGGUUCGGCUACGAGCUGGACAGCGAGCUGCUCAGCCAGCUGGCCGCCGACGGUUCCGGAGCUUACGCUUUCAUUCCAGACCCUGGUUUUGUUGGUACCGUCUUCGUCAACUCGAUGGCAAACCUGCUGGUCACGAUGGGGAAGGACGUGGUCUUGACGUUGGAGCCAACGGAAGGUGCCACCAUCGGCUUCGUGGCGGGCGGCCACCCUGUGACCAAGAAGCCUGAUGGCUCCAUCGCCGUGGGCCUCGGGUCGCUUCAGUUCGGCCAGGCCAAGGAGGUCAUCGUGAGCAUGACGGUACCUCAGCAAGCGGUCGCCGCGGGCUUCCUCAAGGCAAGCCUGGCGUACGGCACCCGGAGCCAGAACGAGCAGGUCGUCUCUUGCGUGGGGAGGGGCAGCGGCGCGGCCGGCACGAGCAGGGCCGUGGAGAUGUCGCGGGUGCGGCUGAAGUUCGUGGACACGGUGCGGGCCGCGAUGCAGGCCGUGAAGCUGAGCGCCGCGGACAAGGCCAAGGUGCCAGCCUCGGGCGGCCAUGCACAGGCGCUGCUGCGCAUGGAGCAUUACAACGCAGACAGGGAGAGCACCAACGGCUGCUUCAGCCGAGAGGUUCUGGAGGAGCACCACCUGUGCGCGCCGAACACUUUAUACGAGUGCACGCCGGCGUAUUACCAUGGUGGCAUAUUAGCCGCCGCAGCCGCGGCGCGUCUUCACGGGGGCAGGCGCGGCGGGGGCGCGGUCUUUUGCGAGGAGUCUAGCAGCGUCACGCCGAUGGGAGAUGGAAUAGCACGGUAUUCCGCGCGGCAGUUGGAAGGCGCGCUCGCUCCCGGCCGAGCGGCUGCGGCUUUGUUCCGCGACGGCGCGCGCGAGCUCAAGGGCGCCCGGGCGCCCGCGGCGAAGGGGCUGCCGGGGGGCAGGCUAGCUGGAAGGCUGGGGUGGACGGGCGGGGACAUGUCCAGCGCCAGUACCCGCGACGCGUCGAGCUUCUCCGCGCGCGACAGCUACGACUGCGCCAAGCUAAUUUUCAACUUCCUAAUCAUAGCGUCCGUGAACUGGCAAGCGGUUUGUACUCUUCAGUUCUCGCUCAAAGUUGCUGGCCCCAUUCGCGUCGCGAUGAAGAUUGCCUACGACAAGGUUGAUGAUUGUGCGAUCAGCGACCCCGUGCUCGAGUCUAAAAUUUUGCAGCUGUUCAUAUCCUCGAAGGAGAAGGUCCGCGGCUUGCUGGCGACCUUGAGCUCGAGGGGCAAGGGCCGCCUCGCCCAGGGCAACGAGGUGUACGGCGCGAAGGACGUUGGCGUCUUCGAGGACCUCCCAAGGCUCACGUGGCUCGCCGUGGCCGCGCAGAGCGGCUACGCGCUUCACGAGGGCGACGCGCACUUCGUGCUGGCGCUUGUGGCCGCCGCCGCCACACACCCGCGGCGCACAGCACCCCCAGACGCGGUGCCCGAGGCACGGGCGCGCGCCGCACUCCACAGGCUUCUGAGCGGCCCCGCUGUUGGCGCUGGGACUGCGCCCGCGGCGGGCGCGGGUGCGGCAGUUGCGGAGCAGCUCUCGCUGUGCUUGACGCUGCGCGCUUGCUACGGUGGCAUGGGCUGUGACAUCGACAUGCUGCUCGCCUUCGCAGGAAACCCGGCGCACUGGGAGCAUCGUGUGGUGCCCGCCGAGCUCACGGCAACUGCGGGCGCGGGCCUGGCGGACGAGUGGCUUGCCCACCUUCGCUCAUGCAGGUGGCGCUGGGGUGGGCCGCUGGCGGCCGAGGCGGGGGAAAGGCUUGAAGCGGCUGUGGACUUCCACUGCUCGGACGUGGUUCCUCGAAUCUGCCGCUACCUGCAAGGACCGGAGGUUGCCAGAGGCACAGGCCGCCCGAUGAAGACGAGGUGA